CGCAGCCUCCUAACAAGCAGCGUGGGUUCAAAGUUUUGUUUUGUUUCGCCUCCCUCCGGUGAAGGAAAAAAAUAAUAAAAGCCGUCGCGCGAUAUCGGUGCCCCGCGCCGAAAGGCACGUCGAACGACAGAGCGAACGCGGAGGGGUCUCGCUGCCGACGCGGAGAAUCGACACGGACGUUGAUCUCGGCAACGUGGAAAACUUGGUUCACGCCUCGCGAAGACACAGCGUUACCCCCGCUACCUCAAGGAGGAGAGCAAAGAAACCAACGAAGAAACGGCGGUGAUCGGGAAAGGCAUGAGAAAAACUCAGAAUUGGAUCAGGCUUCAGUGAAUGUGGUCAGUGGAUGUUAAACAGUUUGUCCAGCUUUGACACCAAUGCUGGUAAGGUUAGAGCCUGUGUCUUAUCACACAAGCAUAUCUUGUUGCAUUACCUCAGUGAUUCUGUGUAAGUUAUCACACUCUGUAAUUGGUGGUCAUCUUAUUAUUUCACUGAUAGGUAUGCUGUGCUGAGAUGGGGCAGCGUAAAACUGUGAUUGUUUUAAACUGAGAAUUUAAUUCACAAUCAAUAGCCGUGUUUGACUUCUAGGUGUUGCGCUAUUGUAGAAAUACUGGACUGUGAUUUGCUCAUUUGCUGUGAAGGAGCAUAAGAUGAGCCAGCCAUGUAACAGGAUUAACUGUGAUACUCUGGAGAAGUCCCAAAUCGCUUUCUCUCUCACUCUCUUUCAUCUUUUUGUCUGUUUCCUUUUUAUGAUACAGUAAGAUCCUUCAGUUCCAGUUUUACCUCAGAAUGGGUUAUCAGGUCACAGUUUGCUUUAAAAAGCUUUAAAAUGGUCCCUUGUCUCGUCUUGCUCUGUCUUGAUGACACAGUCCAGGCCCCGUGUUUAGUAUGUUGGUAUAACCCUUAUUUUGCCUCUUCGGUAUGAAAACUGUUAUUAAAUUCUGUGUUUGUUUCAUAACCAUGAUCUUCAUGUCUGGGGCUGUGUUUGUAUGAGUGUGUGCGGACGUGUUUUACUGAUGUAGCUCAUGUGUUUGGAAGUGGAAUUUGGCUGUAUGUUCUGAUUGUUAUUGUAGUCAUGUUCAUUUUGGGAGUUGGAAUGUGUGUGUGUGUCUGUAUGCAGUUUCUGUAACUCUAGAAAGAAGCUGCGAGGCCUUGACUGUAGCCCUGUACAGAGGCCCGUCGAAGGGGAGGCUGGCCGUGUGUAUGUGUGUGUAUGUAUGUGUGUUUGCGUGCAGACCGCUGGGAUUGGACACGGGAUAGAGGGACCCCCGUACGGAAGUAGGGAAAAGGGAGGAAAGAGGAAGGAGGAGUCACUCACGCUUUCUGGUCAUGUGUGUUCGUGCUCCUGUUCUAUAUGGAGUGACUUACAGAAAGAAUCACAGUAAAAGGAUAUUCUUGGCUAAAAUAGGCUGUUUAAGCGUGAUGGAGUCCACAGUUACUACAUCCACGCAGGCGCCUGAUGAGUUUGACCGGAAUGUUCCACGGAUCUGUGGCGUAUGUGGAGACAAAGCUACUGGCUUCCAUUUUAAUGCCAUGACCUGUGAGGGCUGCAAGGGUUUCUUCAGACGCAGUAUGAAGAGGAAGGCCACAUUUACAUGCCCGUUCAAUGGAAACUGCACCAUCACUAAGGAUAACCGCCGCCACUGCCAGGCCUGCCGACUCAAACGUUGCCUGGAUAUUGGCAUGAUGAAGGAGUUUAUCCUGACAGAUGAGGAGGUGCAGAGAAAGAAGGAUCUAAUCCAGAGAAGGAAGGACGAGGAGGCACAGAAGGAGGCGCAGAAGCCCCGUCUGACUGAGGAGCAGCGUAAGAUCAUCAACACGCUGGUGGAGGCUCAUCACAAAACCUAUGACGACUCUUACUCUGAUUUCUACCGCUUUCGACCUCCAGUGAGAGAAGGUCCUGUGACACGCAGUGCCAGUCGAGCUGCUUCUCUGCACUCAUUAUCAGAUGCUUCCUCUGACUCCUUCAGCCACUCUCCUGCAGAGUCUGGUGACAGUAAAAUGAAUCUGAGUAGCCUGUUGAUGAUGUAUCAGGAUCAGGGGGCCAGCAGUCCAGAGUCUCCGGAUGAGAACAGCUCUCGCCUCUCCAUGCUGCCUCACCUGGCUGACCUGGUCAGCUACAGCAUCCAGAAGGUUAUCGGCUUUGCCAAGAUGAUUCCUGGAUUUAGGGAGUUAACUGCCGAGGAUCAGAUAGCUCUGCUGAAGUCCAGUGUGAUUGAAGUGAUCAUGCUUAGGUCUAACCAGUCCUUCAACAUGGAGGACAUGAGCUGGAGCUGUGGAGGGCCUGAGUUCAAGUACUGUGUCAAUGAUGUCACUAAAGCUGGACACACCCUGGAGUUGCUGGAGCCUCUGGUGAAGUUUCAGGUUGGCCUGAAGAAGCUGAAUCUGCAUGAGGAAGAGCAUGUGCUGCUGAUGGCUAUCUGCCUGCUCUCUCCUGAUCGGCCUGGUGUGCAGGAUCAUGCACGUGUGGAGGCUCUUCAGGACCAGCUGUCAGAUGUCCUGCAGGCGUACAUUCGCGUGCACCACUCCGGUGGCCACCUGCUCUACGCCAAAAUGAUCCAGAAGCUGGCGGACCUGCGCAGCCUGAACGAGGAACACUCCAAACAGUACCGCUCGCUCUCCUUCCAGCCCGAGCACAGCAUGCAGCUCACACCCCUUGUGCUGGAGGUGUUUGGGGGGCAGGUCACCUAGCAACAGCCCCAUUCGGAUCACAGGUUGUUGGGGGGGGUCAGUGGGCAUGACCUCAAGGGGUUGUGGUGGAGAAGUAGCGAAUGUAUGGACAAUCAUGUGAGAAACACAGAGAGCGAGCGUGCGAGAGAGAGAGCGAGUGAGUGAGUGAAUGAGCGGUCUUUUAUCAUUCACAGACACAGUUUUUGGGUGGUAGAAGAUGUAUGGGUGUUUUUAUCACAGUAUAUUGACAGUCAUGGAGCGCCAUCAGCCAAUGUGGUGCAAACUAUCAUUUAUUUUAUUCCAGGAACACUAGCCAACAGUAUUACAGCGUGUGUGUAGCUCUUGCGUGAGUGUGUGAGACAAACCUAUUCUGAAGCUCUGCUUGGUCCCCAAAGUGCUGUCCACUACUGCUGAUUCCCUCUUUUCACCUCCUGCCUUUAAAUGCACACGGUCACCAGAGCUAAUGCUCCACACAGCACCAUUAGCCUAGCCACUGAACCAAUCACAGAGCAGCGCUGCCCCCCUCUGACCCUCAACCCAGGGCUCUGGCUAGCUGCUCAUCUUUUCUGUCGAUUCCUUUCCUGUUAUGCACCUUGUAGUGACUGAGUAAUUACUCUAGGUCUGUGUGGAGUGGCCAGUGCUUUAACAGCAUUUGUCGCUAAUGUGUAAAUAUGACUAUAAUCUUUAACUCUGUAUUCUCUUACUCUAUACCUAUUCUUUACCUCUGAUACCUGUACAUAUAAAUAACUUUUCUCUUUAAACUUACUAUGGCUGUUAGCAGGACAGUAAUGUUCUAUAAUGACUGGUUUGGAUAAUGGCUACACAAAUGCACAUAUAUACUCAAACCAUAAGCUGAUUACCAUGUAACCUCUUAGGAUGGAACUGUUAAUGGGGUUUUUAAGGUAUAGGUAUACUUUCCUUCCUAGCGCUGUCAUAGGUACAGUGAAUUGUUAGGCUUUUGAAAGAUGAUCUACCAUCAACUUGGCUUGCAUAAUAUAACUUCCCUAUAUUUCUUCAUUCAUUUCUCUGUAGAUAUUUUGUUCUCUCUUCGCUCAUUAUUGCUGUGAAAUCUCCUACAAGCCCUAAAAACCUAUCCAUUGCAAUUGAUUUUUCUAGGGAGUUGAUGCUGAUGGGCUGUCACCCCCUGCAGUGAGGCCUGAGGUACAGAUCUCCUGUAAUUCUUUAUAAAUCCAUCCUCAUUGCAUGUCCCUCCAGUCAUCAGAUUCCAUGGGGGAAAACAUGACCAUGAGGCUGCUCCUUAAGUUUGCAGGGAGUUGAGACCGAGUUGUUGAUUCUCUCUUCACACUCUCACUGUUUUUCCAGUCUCUGGUAGAUUUGCUGCUCUAACUCCCUCUAACGGCUAAUCAUGAGUAUUGCUAGUGAUUUACUGUAUCGUAUAUAAUACUACUCAUAUUGCCAGUAUUUCCUAUCAUGCAUUUCUGUGGCAAUUCCUCUUUUUGUAGAAUAAGUUGUGAUACUACCAUAACUGCUUAUGAGUUUGAUGUGUGUGUGUGCUCCUUUUAAUCAUGUUGAAAGAGAUAAGUUCGGUCAGUAGUGAGGUAAGGCCGUAUUUUUUAUGGCACCACACAAGCACCACACAGUUUUGUAAUAUGUUCAGAGACAUAACCUCCAGAGCAACUCUAAACGUAGGUAAAUAAUGCUCAUUCAAAAGGCAGCAAGUUGUGAUCCGUGCAAAAUGAAAUGCGUUAUGCCUGAACUUUGAUUCUUUACAUCUGUGCAUAUUUACCACUUAUCAAUGACUUGUGCAUGUUACAAAGUCUAAAUAUGGAUCCUUUGCUGCUCUGGUGGCAUCUGGGCUCCUAGUAUAUCUGUGUGGGGGAUGGCUAGACUCGCUGUGGAUGGAUGUUGCUCAUCCAUUGAAAAGCUCAUUGCAGAGCAUUGACUGCACUGGUUCCUUGUGCGUCUGGUGAAGGAAGCGUGUGUGGUCAGCGUGGCGAUGGCAGGCCGAAGCUGCUUGGUCUAGGCUCAGGGUCGAUGGCAGAAUGUUCUUGUGUGAUUUACUAUUAGAGCUGAUAGAGUACUGCUUUUGAGAUGAGCUUGGUGUUUUUAGUAGGGAUGAUGAUAUUGUGAUUGCUUAACCCGAAAGGAAAACAAAACUACCUGGAGACUGAACUGAUUUCAGUAGUGCAGAUGUUUGAAUGUGUGUGA